UUCAAAUUUUAUGAGACAAUUAUGCAGAUCUACACCCUCCAAUUAUUAGAUAUUUCUUUUUAAAUUUUGUAAGGGUUUUUCCUGCGCAAGUUAUUUUUUUUUUGUAUGGGAGUUUAGUCCAAUUUGAUUGCUUCUUUUUUCUUCCUCCUCUCCGCCACCGACUCCGGCCACCGGCGCCGCCAAUUCCCCGUCGAAGCAGCAUCCCUGGCCAAAAUUAAGAGAAUAAUAAGAAUCUCAAUACACAAACCUUCAAAAUAAUUAAAUAUAUGGACGACAAAGAGAAAGAAGACGAGGAGGAGAAUGCGGCGGCGGUGGCGGCUUUUGUCCGGCAAGAGGUGCCGGACUGGGACGACGAGUCCACGAGUCGAGCGAGAUUCAAAGCCCUAAGCGGACAGAGGUCCGAUUGGGACCCACUCUACCGUUUCUGGAGGGAUUUAAUCGUCAAGGUUGCCCGCCACCGCCGCAUCUUCAUCAUCCGCCCUUCCGCCGUCAGCCGCCUCUGGUUCCGCCGCGCCGACGGAUUGUCCCCCUUAUGCCUCGAUCGCGUCCUCAUCGAAAUGCUCCGCGCCGGAGACUUAUCGCCGCCGCCGUCGCCCCACCCUACUUCCGCCGCUACCCGCCUCUCUCACAUUUUCCGGAGAGCAUUAGGUUUUUUUGGGGCAAGCAACGACGACGACGAAAAUUCCCCUCUCGCCGGAGAUUCCUACAUUCUCGCCCCACUCCUAGAGGAGCGAGCUCUCGAAGUAAUCGGCAAAUUGUCGGAAAAUCAUUGGACAAAUUCGUGUGUGAUCACAAUGAAAAAGUUUCAGGAUAUAUGUAUGGGAUCAGAACAAGCUCUUGCAAUUUUGAGUUACUUGUCAGCGCAGGGCAAAGCAGCACGCCUCAUUAUCAACAGAGUUGAUCCAAUCGAGGGAGUGAAAAUUUGUCUAUCUCAUGGAGCAGUUUGUGCUGCCUCGAGUUCGGAUUACAGUGUUCUGCACUUAGUUUGGACUGCAGAAAAGCUCGAGCAGCAGCUUGAUUUGAUUGAUCAGCGCUAUCAAAAAAGUAGGAAUUCAGCUUUAGCUUCUCUCAAAAGUGGAAACAAGAAAAUUGCUUUGAGAUACGCGAAAGAACUGAAGUUGACAACUCAAAGUAGAGAAAGAUGUACGUCAUUAUUGGACCGAGUCGAAGAAGUUCUCCAGGUCAUCACAGAUGCCGAGUCCUCUAAAAAGGUUUCGGAGGCCAUAAAAGGCAGCGCACAUGCUAUUCGGGAAAAUCGAAUCAGUAUCGAAGAAGUUGAGCUGUGUCUGCAGGAAGUUGAUGAAAACAUUGAUUCGCUGAAACAACUCGAUAAUGCUUUAGAAUCAAGCACAUCAUAUGCAGAGGUCGAUGAUGAAGAUAUAGAAGACGAAUUCAACAAACUGCAGCUGGAAAUUGGAAUUGAAACGAACCAACUCCCAACCAAAAACGGGUUUAAUAGCAAUGCUUCGGAAGAAACUGAUGCUUUGAGCAAUGCUUUAUCAAAUCUCAAUCUAAAAAAUAGUGCAGAAAUUGAUUCACCGGCAGAAUAUCAUUUAAAGUCGGGUGGCAACAAAAGCAUGUCAAAAGAAGAAGGCUGUCUUGAAGCUGCUUGACUUUAUAUUCAUGGCCGAUAUUUUUGUGUGUUUUCGGGUUUUUGGGUCGACAGUGUUAGUUGAUGAUUUGAAUGUAAUGUGUAAUAUCUAUACCAUAUUAGUAAAAUUGUAUAUUUAGUUUCCAUUGUACAUGGGGUAUGUAAAUACUUAUUGCACUGCUGGUGAUAGUAGUAAAUUUAUCAAAGUGAUUUUUGAAGGAAAUUAUCACAACACUAAACAGGCUGUUCUGUUGGGAAGGUGUAUAUAUAUAUUUUAAUGGUUUUA